AUGGCGGAAGGCGGCUCUGCCGGUGGCUGGAGCACCAUCGAAUCAGACGAAGGCGUCUUCACAUCGUUGAUCGAGCAGCUGGGAGUCAAGGGGGUGCAGUUCGAAGAGCUGGUAUCAUUAGAUGCCGAUUCCAUUCGGGCUUUGAGCCCCGUUUACGGCGUCAUCUUUCUCUUCAAAUGGAUUGGUUCAUCUUCUGAGAACCAGGAUGCUCCACUGGACGGCUCGUACGACACUGUGGCGGCUGACAAAGAAGGACUAUUCUUUGCAGCCCAGAUCAUCCAGAACGCCUGCGGCACACAAGCCAUCCUGUCGGUGAUCCUCAACAACGACAAGUCUACCAAUGCUUCGUCCCCCGGUGCAGACGCGACGAGGACAGGAAUAGAGAUAGGGCCUGCGCUACAAGAGUUCAAGGACUUUACAACCGGCUUCCCGGCAGGUCUGAUAGGCGACUCGCUGUCCAAUUCGGACCUGAUUCGAGAGACACACAAUAGCUUUGCACGGUCGAGUCCCUUUGCGGACGAGACCCAGCGCGACGCCAGUGCGGGGACAGAGGAUGUCUUCCAUUUCAUCGCCUAUACAUGCCAUCAUGGCGAACUGUAUGAGCUGGACGGACUACAACCCUACCCCAUCACGCACGGCAAAUGCACCCCCGACGAGUUCCCCGAGAAGAUCAUUCCUGUGCUCCACAGACGGAUCGAGAGGUAUCCUCCGGGCGAGGUGCGGUUUAAUCUGAUGGUUGUCUGUCAGGAUUUGAGAAUCAAGGCUCAGGAGUUUCAGGACUACGAGGGCCUAGCGAGAGAGAGACGGAAACGAGCGCAGUGGGAUUGGGAAAAUGCUCUGCGCCGACACAAUUUCGUCGGCUUCACGGGCGAGGUCCUCAAGGGCGUGGUCGGGUUGAAGCUCAAGGACGGCAGCUAUGAUGCCUGGGUGGAGGAUGCAAAGAAGGAGACGAAGAAGAGAUUGAGGGAACGGGCGGCAAAAGGCCAGGAAGCGACAGCGACAGCAUGA